AUGUACGAGAAUUCGUGUUCGUAUCAAACGGCGCUGGACUUGAAGCGCGUGUCGCCGCCGACGCUAGCCCAGGUGAAGACGGAGGACUGCCUGACACUGGGUCAGUGCUCACCGGACUGGACCUCAUAUCGCUUCCAUCAGUCAACGUUCGAGCAGCUGAAACAGAGCGUGGAGAAGGCCAAGGCGGCGCUGCAGGAUCGCAGCAGCUUCUUUGGUGCCAGCAGCGCCUUCAGUGACAUCUACUCCAGCCAGCGGCUGAGCGAUACGCUGGACACACUGCCUGCCAUGCAGAAUGGCAGUGGAGCUGGCAAUUGUUUGGGUCUCUCGCACAAUGCGGGCGCUGGAGUGGGCGUUGGUGUGGGCGUGGGCGUGCUUAAUUAUAAUAGUGUUAGCAGCAGUAGCAGCGUCGGCGUCGGCGUACUCGGCAGCAGCGUGCAGCGACAUCGCCUCGAUACGCUGCAGCCUCCCUCGGGCUGCUCACCGGCGGGCACACAGCAUGGAGUCAUCACGUCCAGCGCUGGCCAGCUGCCAGCCGCCAGCUUGGAUGUGGUUGCCAGCUCGCCCUCAUUGCCGCCUUCGCUGUCAGCGUCGACCACCUCGCAUGUGGAGCACAAAGUGCGAACAGAGAAAUCCUCGCUAGAUUGCGCUACAACGUCCUCGCAUGCUGUCGCCGCCUCGUCCUCCAGCGCAGCAGCCUCUGCGUCCAGCCAUGGCAAAAGCAGCAGCAGCAGCGGCAGCAAUGCCAACAACAACAAUGCCAGCAAUUCACUCUCCGGAGGUGGCCCAGCUGCAAUUUAUUCCUCGUACAAAUCUUCGUGGGGCUCCCACAGCUCCACACAAUCGCAAGGCUACAGCUCGAAUGCCUUGAGUAUUAAACAUGAUCCGCACUCACAACUACGGCAACCUGAUCCAUAUCAAAUGUUCGGACCCACCAGCAGCCGACUCGCCAGCUCAGGCUCGGGACAGAUACAAUUAUGGCAGUUCCUGCUCGAGCUGCUGUCGGACAGCAACAAUGCCAGCUGCAUCACCUGGGAGGGCACCAACGGCGAGUUCAAGCUAACCGAUCCCGACGAGGUGGCCCGCCGCUGGGGCGAACGCAAAUCGAAGCCCAACAUGAACUACGACAAGCUGAGUCGCGCCUUGAGAUACUACUAUGACAAGAAUAUCAUGACCAAGGUGCAUGGCAAGCGCUACGCGUACAAGUUCGACUUCCAGGGCCUGGCGGCUGCCACACAGCCGGCGGCCAGUGAUCCCACCUAUAAGUAUCAGAGCGAUCUGUUCAUGACUCCAUAUCAUCACAGCGCCAAGCUCAGCUCGUUUAUGAGUCCGCAUCAUGGAAUGACCUCGUCCUCAGCUUCCAUCUUUCCCACGGCGGCCUCGUGGGGCAACUGGGGCAGCCCGGCGACAAAUUUGUACCAGCCGCACUCGAUGGGUCAUGUGACGCCCUCGCAUGUGGCGCCGCACCUCAGCUCCUAUCCUCACUAUGCAUGACCAUCAUAAUAUGAGAGCAAUGCCGGCGCUAGCAGCGGCAGCGCAGUUAGCGUUGGCGUCGGUGUCGCCA